CACCUUUUUUUUCCCUUUCCUUCCAAGUUCUUCGUUCUUCUUUCCUAUUUGAGACAACCAAUUCCCUCCCCAAAUCCCGCUGUGCGUCAAGGAAUCUAAACAUACAGACCAAGACUAUUUGGCAUUAUGGAUAGUGCAGCUUCAGAAGCCCCCCGAAGGAACAAAAAGCAAAGAGCCGUGCUCUCAUGUAUACCUUGCCAUUUUCAGAAAAUUAAGUGCAACCAUGUCAGGCCAUGCAGUGCCUGCUGCGUACGAGGACGACAAGCGAAAUGCGAAUACACGGUCACUCUAGAAGAUAGGUGGUUCAUUGAGCAGGCCCACCUUUUGCGACGCCUACAACAGCGGCGUAAUUUCCUCGAGCAGCGGAUCGUCACCCUCUUAUCGGCCUCAAAUAAAAAGAUUCCUGUCUACCUCACGUCACAACAAUCGGACCUUCCCAAACAACGAGGAAAGCAAGCACGGUCGCGAAAUACACAUCGAAAAAGUCCAAGGACAUCUCUAUGCCGGGAGGCUGUGCAGCCGAAACAGGAAUCUGAUGAUACGAAGUUCUGUAUAGAGCAAUCACCACAAUCCUACGUGCAAUCCAACAGUAGUCUUCCUGCGCGAUCCACUCAUACGGAACGUUCUAUUCAAUCCCUAGUAGAAGUGUUCAGUGUCGAUGUUAACGGCAAGCGCACGGUGCCCUUAUGGCUAGAACAAGCGGUCCAGAUGCGGUCCAGCUCCCCUCUACUUUGUGCGGCUAUCGAAGCCACAUCCUUUGUUCUGAUGGGCAAAAUGUUAUGCGAUCCAAAGUCCACCCAUUCUGGUCUGGUUCGAUACACAUGUGCUUUACGAUUAGCGGGGGCGGCGAUAUGUGAUGCUGAGAGACGUUUACGCGACGAUGUUUUCGUGGCGAUCACUCUAUUUGGGAUGGUUGAGAUGUACGAAGGAGGCUCCAAGGACGCUCUGGUAAAGCAUCAACAAGGAGGCCUCGAUUUGCUUUGCCUACGAACUCCGUCAAACCAUUGCAAAGGCGUGGGCCACUCUAUUUAUGCAGAUUUGCGCCUGUCCUGGAUCCUCUCCGCGAUAUCACAUGGACGAACAUUCCUAGCUAACGACGACUGGAAAACCGUCCCCUGGACCGAAGCGAGCCCACGAAGCAACUUACACAGCUUACUAGACAUCGCCGCGGAUAUUCCCGGGCUUUGGAGACAGAUGGGAUGCGCCUCACCAGGCUCGGAGUCUUCUUCUCCCUGUGCCUCGCUGGAUGAGUUUGAGUACACUGCCGAGGAUCAAGCCAUGCAAAUAGUCCAUCGCCUACAGGAGUGGAGGGAAUCGCAACCCCUUGAUGCCCUUCCCGAACCUACCGAAGCGCUUUUCACCGUUAUGGACGAUUUUCCAGUGUUUGAGAUGCACGAUUCCGCAUCUGAAGCCCGUAGACCACGGGAUCUAGUUUACCCUAAUGUUGACGUCUGUGCGACAACAAUCUCAUACUGGGCCUUUUACCUCGCAGUCCCUACCGGGGCGUCACUAACUUGGCGUUAUCAAUAUGCCUGCAACAUAUGCCGCAGUAUGAGAUUCUGCGUGCAAAACUUUCCAUUCGCGUUAGCCUGCUUGGUCAGGUUUGCAUUGAAACUUGUCUGUGACGUUUUCUCUGCUGGCAGCAUUGAGGGGCAGUUUCCUCAGAAAUUGUCCCAGUAUUUCUAUCAAAAGUAUCGGUUUUCUAUCCUUGACUGAAAGAGAGACUCGGAUGCCAAACCGAAGGCUUCCAAAGGAUUUAAGAUUAAUUACGUGACCAUGAUCAUCUGUACAAUAUUUUUUUUUUUGCGUACAUGCUUUGAGAGCGAGAAUGAAUGCAAUGGCCCUAGAGAACCAGAUGAAGAGACGUAGCAUUACUUCCUCAAUCCUAUCAUGC